AUGUCCCAUGCCUCUCCUCCACCUGCCGUCUCGACUGAGACUCUCCUUCAAGUCAUUCAACAACUCAGCACCCGUCUGGACCGCUUCGAACAAGCCCACGACCGCUACGCCAACACUGCUCUCCUUCAGGUCGACACUGUCCCAGUCGCUAACACUCGCAUUAUCGGGGUUACACAAGCAACAACACUUCGACCUGGUCAGGACCUGGUACGCCUCUAUCCCGCUAUCCUGGAACAAAACUUUUACACUGCUGAGCUCGCAGACGACCACCAAUUCUUUUCCCUCAGCGACUGCCAUUAUACUGAGGGCAUGGUUUACAAGGCACCUCCCGUCCCUGAUCACGCAGAGGCCAAUCUCAGCCCGGCAGCCAAGAAGCAUGAUGCGGACCUUGCAACAAUACAAACUCGAUGGCCCACCACACCAGAUUCUACGACACCUUCGCUAACGACAUUCUGGAACUCAAGCGGGAGACAUCGGAGCCUGGAAAAGUAA